GAUGCAGAGGACGUACGUCGACGUAACUCGUGAGUCAUUUCCUGACAGGUCAAUAUAUUACUGCAUGUAAAAGUAGAAGGUUCGACGCGACACGUUACUCCCAUCACCAGUGCCAUGCCUCUUCGGUCACAUGCUCGCCCCGUCCGAAACGUGGAUUCCGCCUUUUCUUCCUGUCUCCCUCCGACCCAUCAUAAGUGCCUCCUCCUCCAUCUCCUCUUCUAUGUACUGCAACGUUCGUUCUAGAUAUAUAACAACAGUAUGAUGUGAUUCCAGCUCUCCACCCAUCAUACUACACACACGAAAUAGAGCCGCUGGCUGUGCGCCAGAGAGAAGAGAGGGAUGGCGGCAGCGGGCAGCGGCGACGGGCGGCCGAGCCGGUACGAGUCGCAGAAGCGGCGGGACUGGAACACCUUCUUGCAGUACCUCAAGGACCACCGGCCGCCGCUGGUGCUGUCGCGGUGCAGCGGCGCGCACGUGCUGGAGUUCCUGCGCCACCUCGACCAGUUCGGGAAGACCAAGGUCCACGCCACCGGCUGCCCCUUCUUCGGCCUGCCCAGCCCGCCGGCGCCAUGUCCCUGCCCGCUCCGCCAGGCGUGGGGCAGCCUCGACGCCCUCGUCGGCCGCCUCCGGGCCGCCUUCGAGGAGAACGGAGGCCACCCGGAGGCUAACCCCUUCGGCGCCCGGGCCGUCCGGCUGUACCUGAGGGAGGUCAGGGACUCGCAGGCCAAGGCGAGAGGCAUCGCCUACGAGAAGAGGAAGAAGAAGCGGAAGCGGUCGCCGCUUCAGCCCCCUGUCGCGGUGGCGGAGGCGCCGCGCUGCGAUCUAAACUCACUGGAUUACGACAACAUGGACGUCAUCCAGUAUCUCGUAACCGGCACUAACAUGGAGACGAUGACCGGUGAAGCCGAUACCGGGGUCGUCAUGGCAAUCAUGGGAACACUCGACGCCGCUUUCAUGCCAUUGCCAGUGUUUCAUUAGUCCUCUCAGCCCUUCCGCUUACAGCAGACAUCUUUAUGACUAGUAUGUACUUGUACGUGACUCACGGCCACUCUUAAGCUUCUUUGUGAAUGAACUAAAUAGCUUCUUUUGGAGUCCUUAA